AUGGCCAACGAGUACGCAUACGCUGGGUCCGCGGGCGAGGAGGAGCCCCAGUCCCCGUCGUCGCAGGGUCACUCGUCCUAUGGCAUCAGCAACCCCUUUGGCACACCGAACGACACUCCACGCAACUCCUUCUACGGUGGGCCUCCAGCUGUCCCCGAGAAGAACACCCGCUCGCCCCCGUCGGCGUUCCCCUCCUUCCCCUUCCAGAGCCAUGCAGGCAACCCCGACCCCGGCACCGCCAUCCCCGGCACCAUCGGCCGACGCGAGUCAAUCGACUCUCUCGCUGCACGCGCGCAGAACGGCCAGGUCCUCCACGCACCUGGUAGCGUCAACCAUCCAUUGUCCCCACCAGGUAGCGGUACCGCCUAUCCCGCGGGCGCUGCCCCGGGCGGCUACGGCUUGGUUGAAGAGAUCGACGACCUCGGUCGUCCCUACGCGCCGUUCAUGGGUGAGGUCCCCGAACGCGCGCAGACGCCGUCGAGUGCCGGCAGUCAGAGUCAGCUCUACCGCAACUCUGCCGCUGCAGCAGUAGCAGGCAAGGGCGAAUACGGUCAGUGGUCUUUCGACAACGGUCACGGACUCCCUCGCACGGGCAGCGCGCAGCAGAUCAGCAUGCGCGCCCCAUUCCUUAGCCCUGCGAGCCGUCCGACGAGCAGCCUUUGGGCACCCCCCAGCUUCCCGUAUGCGUACCCGCCUGGCAGUGGAAGCAGCACGGCACUGGGUGGCUAUGCCGGCAGUGGCAUGCUGGGCCAGUAUUCCAGCUAUGCUGAUAUCCAGGCCCAGCUUCGCAAGAACAAGCCUAUCAUGCCGUCGUCGAAGAUUGCGCAGAAGCUCACGGGCGAGGACAAGCCGUGGAUCACACACAAGGAUGGCCGGGCGCGCGCCAGUUACUGGUUGACCGUCGCGGGGAUCGUCGCGGGCAUUGCGGGUGCUGCGGUCCUGUGUUACUUCACCUGGGUCGACACCUAUUUCCUCGCGGACAGCCAGGUUUGCUCGUACUUCUACGACGACUUCAGCGGUGGCCUGGAUACGUCGAACACGUGGAACACGGACAACGAGUUGGGUGGAUUCGGCAAUGGCGAGUUCCAGAUCACGACGGAUGACUCCAGCAACCUUCAAGUAACGAACGGCCAGUUGUACAUCACCCCGACGCUCACUAGCGACUCGAUUGAUGGUGGUUACUCGGCCAUUCUGAACGGCGGCUCAUAUGACCUGGGCGACAAGUGUUCGACAACCAACACGAGCGCGUGUUCGGUGAAGGCGUCCAACGACUCCGGCACCGUCGUUAACCCCGUCAUCUCGGCCCGUAUCAACACCAAGGACCACUACAGUCUCAAGUAUGGCAAGGUCGACGUUGUGGCCAAGCUGCCUCAGGGUGACUGGCUCUGGCCGGCCAUCUGGAUGUUGCCCGUCAACAGCACGUAUGGCCCUUGGCCGCUGUCUGGCGAGAUUGACAUCAUGGAGGCCCGCGGCAACUCAAUGUCCUACGGCGCCCAGGGUGUCAACUACGUGCGCUCGUCGCUGAACUACGGCCCGAUGGCAGCACUGUACACGACGCUGUACGGAUGGUGGAGCAAGAAGCAGAGCACAUACGCUGACGACUUCCACACGUAUACGCUUGAGUGGACCGAGGACUUCAUGCGCCUCUACGUCGACACUCGGCUCGACGCUAUGCUCACGGUCAAGAUCCAGGGCAAGGGCGGCAAGAGCUUCUGGAACCGUGGCUCGUACCCGAGCACGGCGCAGAAUGGCUCCAGCCAGGCCGUCGUCGAGAAUGUGUGGGACGAGGCGGGCGGAGGUGCAAAUGCGCCGUUCGACCAGGACUUCUACCUCCUCAUCGACUUGGCUGUCGGGGGCACCAGCGGUUGGUUCCCCGACGGUGUCGGUGGCAAGCCUUGGUACGAUGGCUCGAACUCGGCUAUGCGUGAGUUUGCGGAAGCGCAGUCGACGUGGUCCGCGACUUGGCCGUCGAGCACCGACGACCGGUCCUUCAGGAUGUGA